UCGCUGUUGCGGGAGGACGCGCCCACCACCAAGCCGGCCGAGCGAGCUGCGAGCCGGGCGGCGCGCGCGGUUUCUCCGCGAAAGCCGGCCGUGCACCUAGGAAUUAACCGGCCGGCGCGCGAGGGGAGGGAAGCGGGGCGGGCGAGCGAGAGGGCGGGGGGGGGAUGCUGAGCGCGCGCGAGAACAAUAAUAAGAUCGUGUUUGCGGUCGCUGCCCGAGGAGGAAUUCGGAGGAGGCGCGAGGCCCGGAGCUCGCACGGAACCCAGCAAGCCCGGCGGGGAGGCGGCAGCGGCGGCGGCCAGAGGCUGGCGACGCGGCUGCUGUGAACGGCACGCGGCGGCGGCGGCGGCGGCGGCGGGAUUCGGCGCAGCCGGACGCGUGCUCCUCUCCCCCGCAGCCGGGCGGGGAUCUGCCGGGCCUGCGGUCCCCCCGUCACCGCACACCCAGCCAGACGCCGCUCGCCUCGGCCGCCGCCUCGUCGCUUUCUCUCGUCGGAGCGGCGGCUCGAGGCCCGGCGGGGAGCGCGCGGCGCGGUCCGUCGGCCCGCACGGGGCGCUGCGGGAGGGGGCGGCCUCUCGGCAUCUUCGCCGCGACGACCAAGGACGAGCGGGCAGAGGAGGCGACCCGGGAUGGCGCGCCCGCGGCCCCGCGAGUACAAAGCGGGAGACCUGGUUUUCGCCAAGAUGAAGGGCUACCCGCACUGGCCCGCCCGGAUUGAUGAACUCCCAGAGGGAGCUGUGAAGCCUCCAGCCAACAAGUAUCCCAUCUUCUUUUUUGGUACCCAUGAAACUGCAUUUCUAGGUCCUAAAGACCUUUUCCCAUAUAAGGAAUACAAAGACAAGUUUGGAAAGUCAAACAAACGGAAAGGAUUUAAUGAAGGAUUAUGGGAAAUUGAAAAUAACCCAGGAGUGAAAUUUACUGGGUACCAGACAAUUCAGCAGCAGAGCUCUUCAGAAACUGAGGGAGAAGGUGGAAAUACUGCAGAUGCAAGCAGCGAGGAGGAAGGCGAUAGAGUAGAAGAUGGAAAAGGCAAAAGGAAGAAUGAGAAAGGAGGCUCAAAACGGAAAAAGUCCUACACUUCAAAGAAGUCUUCUAAACAGUCCCGGAAAUCUCCAGGAGAUGAAGAUGAUAAAGACUGCAAAGAAGAGGAAAACAAAAGCAGCUCUGAGGGCGGAGACGCCGGCAAUGACACAAGAAACACGACUUCAGACUUGCAGAAAGCUGGUGAAGGGACCUAACUACCGUAAUGAAUGCUGCAUAUUGAGAGAAACCACAAGAAGGUUAAAUGUUUGAUUGUCUAAUUCUUGGAUUUGCUAUGAACCAACACAUAGUCUUUGUUGUCACUGACAGAACCCACCCAGUGUGUGUGUGCAUAGUCACAUUCCUCUCUGGUCUGAAGGAAAAAAAAGACACUUUGACCUUUUUUAAGGUUAUUGACUUAAUUUUAUGUUAUUCGGUUGCAUGAAGUUUCCCUUAACCACUAAGAAUUAUCAAGAUUUUUGCACAGACUUUUCCAUGUCUAAGCUCCUUUUCCAAGGCAGUUUUGAUCAUCAGCUGCCUGCCUCUACCCCACCAUCAUCAAACACUCAGUUAAAUAGUAAUUCAUAUUUUUAGAUGACUACUCAACAUAAUACUUAAGGAUGGGAUUUUCUUUCUAACAGAACCCAAGAACCAACUCCUAGAUACAUACUGUUUGUAUAUUGGAGUGGAGUUAAAGUCAUCUCUCAGUCUGAAGGCCAUGUGUAAACUUUAACCAUACUGUACAGUUCCUGUCCUGUAUUAGAAGUAGAUAGUUGAAACUCACGCUUCUCAACUCAUGUUGCUGUGUGCACAACCUGAGUGUGUAUGUGAACCUAGUGAGUCUUCUGUGUUAUACUCAAAUAAAGCAAGGAUUUAUUUUUCCCAAUGCCAAUAUGAUUUGAGCUAAUCAAUCAAGGUAAUGACUGACUUUACACUUGACAGCUGAAAUCAGCAAGAGCACUGUGGGAAACAGACAAAACACUGACUCUUGAUACAGACUUUAACAUAGGCUUUUCUUUUGGAACUAGAAUUAGAGUAGUUAACUUUCAUCCACAAAUGAUUAUUAUGUGUACAUUAUUGUCGCUAUUGUGAUAAUAGAGAGUCUUAUUUAUUUUUAUGCCAGCUUAUACUGUGAGAACACAUUAGUCCGUUUGGGUUUCAUCCGCUCUGUUAUGCUUGUCCUUGGAACAUCUUCCGUGUAUGUUUGAGGUUUGUAGCUCAAAAGUUUACUGUAAAAAAAUCAAAAACAACAAAAAAAUGUAUUGUUUUACAGAAUAAAUUUAUUGGAAUGUAUACUGGGAGUAAGGUUUGAGGUUGUAAACAACUGAGUUAGUGUUAUUUGGCUUCAUAUGUGUAAUGUGAAGUAUUGAUGUAAUUCCUAUAUUAAAGCAAAGAUUGACAGCCAAUUGACAUAAGAAUUAAGUGUAGGUGAGGAUUUUAUUUUUUCUUUUUAACUAUUCUGGAUGUUAGGUUAAUUGAAAACACUGGGAGGGACAGGAGGGAAUGACAGUGUGACCUGCCUGCAUGUCUAAGAGCACAUCGCUCCGUGGACCCUGGGUUUAUACACAGCCUUAUGUGCAUCCCACUUUCUUUUGGUUUCUUAUUUUGAUGAAGAACAAAUGAACAUGAAGACAAAAUAUACGAAGAUCUAAAAGCCCAGUGUCGUGAUGAUGAAAGUGA